UGAUAUCUUAUAUCAACUUGUUUUAAGGCUCGAGUUUGAAAUAAAUUUUACCCGAGAAACAUUUGAAGUAAUUAUGGAUGAGUUAAAUUCUUCAAUGGAGGAGGCUGAAUUAAGUAAAACUCUGAAGAAGCUACAAACAUUGGAAGCCGAGAAAGGUGAUAUCGUGUUAGGGUUUAUAAAAGAGAAGGAAAUCAUUGAAACUAUUCACCAGGAACAAUUACAGCAGCUUAAAGUCAAACACGAAGAUGAAAUACAAACAUUUCGACAAGAAUGGCUGAAAGAAAGAGAAAUGUUAUUGCAAGAAAGUGACAGUAGACAAGUGGAUGCCGAAAAUCGUAAUGAAAAAAAGACGAAAGAUAUUAAACAAGAAUUGAUAAAAAAGUCGCAAGGAGACGUCAAAGAAACAGAGGAGGAAUAUAGAAAAGACAAAAGAAAACUUAGAGAAGAAUACGAGGCGGUAGUUUUAGAAAAAACGUCUGAAAUCGAAGAGUUGUAUCGCGAAAACUGCAUUCUUCGGUCAAAAUCGGAUCCGGCUUCGUUUGAGGACAAAAAUAAAGAGUUUAAAGUCAUUAUUAAUAAGCUUCAAAGUAAGAUAAAUGGUUUAGAAGAGGAUAAGCUGGCGAAAAUUAUGAAGCUAAAAAAUGAUUUCGAGGUCGAAAAAGCAGAACUUGAAAGGAAACAGGUUCGAGAAAAAGCGGAGUUUGUGAAGAAACUUACUUUCAAGCAUGACCAACAAAAUACUAAUAAUGAAAUCGAGAAAAAUAAAUCAUUUUUAGCUUGCAAACAAGAAAUGGAAGAAAAGAUUGAAAUUGUUGAGAAAUUGUGGGAAGAACGCAACGCCGAAGAUCGGCAAAGACUGAACACUCGGUUAGAAAACGAAAUCGCAAUGCAGAAACGAAGAUUCGCGGAUGAGUUGCAAGAAAAGUUGUCUGAAAGGGACAUGACAAUCGAGAAUUUAGAACGAGAGAUAGAAGAGUUGUCAAAUAGUGUUCAUGUUGAAAGGUUUGAGUUGGCUAAGGUAUAUAACCGUGAAUUGUCUAUUCUUAACAGAUUGGACUCGCCAACAAAAGAAGAUAUUGAAGUUGCACUUAUCGACGAAGUAGCAAAGUUGCGUGAUGAACAGCAGAAGGUAAUCAGAAACUUAGAGAAAAGAAAUAGGAGAAAAAUGAGAGAUUUCAAGAAAUCUCAGAAGCCUUUGGAAGAGAUUGAAGAACAACAUAAGAAUGAACUUGAAGAGCUAAGGAAUAGCUAUGAAAGAGGGAAGGAAGAGUUUGAAGCGAAACUAAGAAACGAACAACUCAACCUUUUGAAAAGUUUUGAGUUCGAGAAAAAUGACAUUGAGAGGUACUUUAAGCAACUCAUGGAUGGGCGGGAAAGCGAGUUCCAAAAUGAAAUCCAGGAAUUAAAAAGCGACCACGAAGAAGUAAAAAACAAGCUAAACAUUUUCGAAAAAGAAAACGUUGAAUUAAAAAGUCAAGUCGUUCAAGAAAAAGAGCGAAAUGGAGAGCUGUUUGAUAAGCUUCAAGAAUGUGAAAGUCAAAAUGCAAGAUUAAAGGAAGAAAUAGAAAGAGACAAACGGAACUUGCGCGAACCAGUUAAAGACAUCAGUGCAGUUGACAGCGACAAAGAAGGCCUCAAGCGAACAGUAGAAAAGUUAAGUAGUUUGAACAUCCAGCUUACAGAUGAAAUGGAAAAGGAGAGAAAAAAAUAUGAAAAUCUUUUGGAGAAAGUUCAAGAGCUGGAGAAAGAUCAGGAUCGUUUGGUGACACGAUCAGAAGCAGACGAGCUCCAAUCUUCUGAAUCUGGAUUUGAGUUAUCCAGCUCUUCAAUAGAAAAGCCAAACAAGAAUAGUAGAGACAGCUAUACAGAUUUAUCCUCAGUGCAAGAAAAGAAGUCUGGAGAUCCAAACAAAGAAUCAAGCAAGGAGGAUUUAGAUAUGCAAAUGAAACUGCAGGACAGUGUCCAGGAAUAUCUUCUUGAGAUUAAAGUACUGCAAAAUGCUAUGGAUGAAAAGGAAAUGGAGAUUAAACAACUGAAAGUCACCUUUGCCAAAGAAAAAUCUGAUCUUCAAGGAAAAAUCCAAGACUUGAUUAAUUCACUGAAAGGUGCUGUGAAUGAUGAAGAUGGCGCAGAUGAAGAAGAUCUUGAAGAACUUAAGUCUCGUUACAAGAAGCUUACAGAUUCUAUUAACCAGGUUAUAAAAGAUCUAGCUGAUAAACCAAAUAAUCCAGAAACAUCCGAAGCGUGCAAUCAGCCAAGCACUUCAGAGCCCUCUAGCGAACAAAGAGCUAAAGGUUUUGCAAAUGAAGUUAAUGCCUUAGACGAACUGAUAAAUGAUAACUUUCACACUGAAGUCAAAGAACAACUUGGCAAGAAGCUGGAUGCAAUCAAGAACAACAUUAUAAGAUCACACGAACUAGAAAAACUGGAGCAACAAAGAAGGCACGAACAAGAAAAGAAUAGGUAUUUGAAAGAAUUAUCAGACGAGAGAAAAAAGGAUUUGGAUGUUUCAGGUGAGGUAUGGAAUGCUGUGUGUGAAAAACUUGGACUUGAUAUGGAAGAAAGCAGCGAGAAACUGAAAGAGAUUUUACAGGAAAAAGACGAUGCAAAUGGAAAUUUGACCUCACAGAAUAUAAAGUCGACUGAAACACAGGGCAAGUCCGAUGAUGAUGGGAAUUCCGAUGACAAGGACAAUAAAAUGGAAAGAAGUCCUGAUCUCGAAGAAUUAGAGAUAUUGAAGGAAGAAAAUGAAAGAAUGAAGCGCACACUAAAUGAACUGGAGAAGCAUUACGAGAAGGAUAAAGAAGAAUUAAUGGAAAAACUACAAAUGCAGCACAAAGAAUUUGUCCUUUCUUCGGAAGCCGAAGUCAUUGAAAAUCUCAUCAAAGAAAAGUCAGCUCUGGAAGAAGCAUCCAUCAUUGAAAGGUUCAACCUGGGUAGGAUAUACUACAUGGAAAUGCAAGAUGAACUGGACGAAAUUCUUUCGCAGAGGAAGGAGGAAAUGGACAAAGAGCACGAGAAGGAAAAGUUGAAUAUUUUACUGAAAUUUAACAAAGAUAUAGCCGACCUUCACAAGCUCUUAGCUGAUAAAGAUGAAAAUGAAGUGAGACUACUUCGAGAAAAAAAUGGAUUGGCAAAAAAGAUUUUAGAAGUCCAAAGAAGAACACCAGGAACCGAAGAAGAGAAUGAUGAAAAUAACAACAUCAAUAACAUCAAUACCGAAGCCAAAAAGCUAGAGGCUUCGUUGCCAUUGAAAAAAGAAUUGGCCGACUUACAGCGACAGAGACAAGACGAGCACGAAGCAAGUGUCCAGAAUCUUGAAAAGGCAAUCGAUCUUAUAAACGACCUUCUGAAUGAUAAAAAGAAAACUGAUGCUGCUUUUCACAGGCGUUAUAGCUUUGCAAGUGCAUCAAGCCAAUCAGAUGAGGUUAUUCGAAAUGAUUCGCCAACUGAUGAAAUAGCUCCGGUGUUAGUCCAUGAGUCUGUUUUAUCCGAUGAAGAUAUACGCACCAAAGAGGAUCUUCAAAGAGCACUUGAGAACCUCAUUAGCCAUUGUAUAUCAAAAGAAAACGAGGGCGCAGAAUCAGAUACAUCUUCAGGCGCAAGCUCCGAUUUUGAGUCUGAGCCUAACAGUCCUCCUCCUGAAAACGAGGAAGGAGUGUCGGAUUCAGGAGCCGAAUCCAUUGAAAGCCAGUGCGUAUCAAUAAAGAAGGCUGAUCUGGAAUUGGCGAUGAACUUAGAAAGGUUUAGCUUGGGCAGAAUAUAUUACAAUGAAUAUAAAGAUAGCCUAAAAUCCGCCCUCAGAAAGUUAGCCAAAGUCAAGGACAUGAAUCAAGAUCUUGAAGAUAAGUUGACAAGUGGAAUAAGAGACCUUGUUAAUAGGACAAUUUUUGGUAAAAUGAUGGUGCAAUCAGUUGAUAUAGAGACGCAGACUUUUGAAGUCGAGGAUCUGGUAAAAAGGCCAUUGGACAAUGCUUCUGAUAACAAUGACAAGGACAUUCCACUGGACACAUCUCCUGAAGUCUCAGAAAAAGAAGACUUAAGCGACUCAUCUGAAGAAAACGAUGAUCAGUUUAAAAAUGUGAAGCAAGAGAGAAUGUCUAGAGAUGUUUUCAACGAUACUGCCAAGGAGGAUGACAUUACACAAACGGAAGAGCUGCUAAAUGGCAUCAACACUGCAGAGCAGGCAACUGAAAGAAAAAGAAUAGAAGACAAUGAAAAUGUGAAGCAAGAUAACAUGCUUGACACUGCCAUCAAAGAAAUUACUAAUGAAGAUGCCAGUACGCAAACUGAUGACUUGCAAGAGCACAUGAAGACUACAGAGGAGGAAACUAAUGAAAAGGAAGUAGAAGGCAAGCAAAACGAAGAAUUAAAAAGUGAGAUUUCUCAGAAAGAAAAGAACUUCAAGAAGCAAUCUGCCGAUAGUUCAUCCAAAGUCUUGCCAGGGAAAAACGACGAGGAAAUUGAUAAAGAACUUACAGAAACGGACUCAAACACCAAAGAAGAGGAAGCAAAAGUCCUUGAUUCAAUGGAUAAAGACACGGAAGACACGGAAAAAGCUGAUAUCGAUCAAGAGCAAGAACUCCAUGGAGAGGAGAAACUGAUCGAUGAAGACAAAGACGCAACAGAAAACAAAGAAAAAUCUGAGCAAGACCAAAACGUUAACUUUGAAGAUGAGAAACCACAAGAGCCAGAACUGCAUGAAGACGAUACACCGAUCGACAAAGACGCAGCAGAGAACAAAGAAAAUGCCGAGCAAGACCAAAACGCUAGCUUAGAAGAUGAGAAACCACAAGACACCACAAAAGUAAAACAAUCAGAUAGUACUGAUGAUCAAAACCAGUUAUCUAAGGAUCAAGAAGAAACAAGCGAUGCUGAUUUCCCUAUCAGCGGUAAAGAGGAACUUGUGGUGGAUGACCAGCAACUUGACGAGUCUGAUGUCGAAACGCUGAAACGCGAAAAUGAGAAGCUGAAAGAUAGGUUUGAUAUCUUAAAAGCUUUAGUUGGAAGAUGGUUCGUCGAGGAAAUUCCCGAGUUGAGAUCCGUGAACAACACAAAACAAGUGGAAGGGGACAGCAGAUCUGACGAUCUUGGAGACAAUGAACUGAAGGAACUUCGAGAAGAAGAAAAGUGUUUUGCAGAUGAAAUAAAAGCUAUAGAAAAACAAAUCGCACAGCUCAAAGAUUUGAAUGAUGCAAACAACAAAAAGGAAGAAGAAAAACUGAACGCUCAAGAACUGCUCGCAUUGAAACAGCUUGAAAAAGCUGACAGAGCCUUGAAGAAGGAGGAGGAGAAAGAUUUGAUCGAACUUCUUAAAAAGGAGAAAGAAGAGGUUUGUAAAAAAUUAGAGGAAUUAGACAUGGAAAUUAAAGAACACGAAGAUCGGAUUUCAGAUGAUGAGAAAGGUCUCUUUGAACUGAUGAGUAAAAAACUCGAGCUUGAAGAAUGUGUUGCGCUCAAAGCGAGAGAACUUGACAAGAAUCAGAAUAAACUUACACAGAUGCAAGACGAUACAGAGAAGGAGAAAGUAGAAGAGGCUGUCCAAUGUCUUGCAGAACAGAAAAAGGUUCUUGAAGAACUCCAGAUGUCUUCCUCAUCUACUUGUGCGCAAGAAAAAAGUUACACUUUAAAUCAACAACCAAGUGAAGUCAGUGACCAUGACACCAUGAAAGACGAGGCUGAGCCAAGUAAUUUGCCUCUUACGAAGGCUCAUAUACCUCCACAUGUACAGCAAUUGAUUAAAGCAAAAAGCAACGAAGAUAAGAAAAACAAAAACCUUACUAAGAGUAUCGAAAAAGCUUUACGAGAUAAGGAGAGAUAUAAAAGAAUGGCUGAAGAUCGCCAGGAUAGGCUGAGGCCUUUCAUCAAGAAAAGAGAAAAACUACAGAAGAAUCUUAGAGAAAGAGAAGGAAUUACUGCAGAAGGAGCCAAAGACAAAGUUUCGUCCAACGUUGAAAACAGAGACAGUGAAACACCAAAUGAAAAGACAGUACCAAGUACCAAGGUGGAAGACAUCGAAAAAGAAAUGAUGAAAAUAAGAGAUCAAUUAUCUUCACUAGGCAAAAAAGCUAAGAUUCCUCUUGCAAUGGAAAGCAAAAUAAAUGUACUACCUCAUAAGCUGAAGGAACUAGGAUCGGAAAAAGAUAUCGUCGAUCAACAGAUAACUGAGAAACAAUCUCUGAUCGAAAAUCUGGGAAGCGAGAAGACCACAGAACUGUUUGACCUUCUUGAAGCAAAAGCUGAGCUAGAUGUCAAACGGAUCGAACUUCAAGAAGCUUUUCCUAAAGGUUAUGAAGAAUUACCUCACGAAGUGCAGGAGGCUUAUAAAUUGGCAUGCCUGAAACAAGAAUUCAAAAAUGCUUUAGACGUACUAGAUCAAAAAAUUAAGGAUGAAGAAAAUAAUUUUAAAGAAGCAGUAAUCUAUCAGAGACAAGGAAAAUUGGAUGAUUCCCAUUCAGCUAUUGGACCUAUGAUCGAACGCAAGCAAAACUUAGUUCUUGAGCUUGAAGAAAUUUCAAGUAAACUUCCUUGCGGAGAUGAAGCUGAAUCAGUCAAUGCAGAGGUCGCGCAAAGUAGAGCUGAAGAUGCAAGUGAAAGAAUACAUGCAAUAGAAGAUCUGUUGAGAAAAAAUGAAGGUAGCAUAAAAGAUGAGCCACUACGCGCUGCAGCGGAAUUAAGAAAAUUAAUGGAAAGAAAACAAAAUAAGACAGACGAACUACUUAAAGCAGCUGAUGCGUUGAAAGAAAAGGUUAAAACGGCCGAAUUAAAAGAAAAUGCACUUCAAAACAUUCCAGAUUCCAUUCUAUCGGCAAUUACUGUGGGAAAAGAAACAGACGAAGAGAAUGAACUUUCAUUUGAGACUGUGGAACAAGAGAACGAGAUUAAAGAAAUAUGCAUAGAGCUUCAGUCUUUACAGAGUGAGGGAGAAGACACAAAAGAAAAAGAGGAUGAGCUUAUGAAUGUCAUCGAAAAGCAAUCCUUAAAAGAAGUCCAACCCGCAUCGGUCAAGGAGCAAGAAAGCACAGUUUUCUGUCCAAUUUCUCCUUUGGUUUUCCCUGAAUACAAGGCAACCAAAUACGAACUUCAAAAUAUCAAAGAGAAAAUGGAAACCAUCUUAAAUUGUCAAAGUGCAGAAGAAAACAUGACACCUGAGUUAAAUGAUUUAAGUUCUUUAUUCCAAAAGAAGGCAGAAAUUGAUAAAAACAUUAAGGAAUAUAAAGAGUUUGAGGCUCUCUUAAACCAGGAACGAAAACUUGCCGAAACUUUAAAGACAGCUGCUGAUAAACAAGAGCUGGAGGAAAUUAAGCGGAUAAUUGAGCGUAAAGAAGAAGAAAUCGAUAAACUAAAAUCUAAGAGUAACGAGGUUGAAGAAAUGUUAAAGCAGUUGAACGAUGUCAAAAACAACAAUAAACAGAAUGAUGAUCAAGUGAUACUGGACAUCCAAGAAGCUAUCGAAGAUACCGAAAAACGUCUACUUGAAGCGCAAGCAGAAAAAGACCGUUAUUACAGUAACUUCAACCAGAAGCAAUCAAAUGUCAAAGAAGCAAUGUCAUCACUUGAAGAUGAAUUGGAAGAAACUAGGGAAGAAAUGGAAUUUGUUGAAAACGAGCUGGAGGGUAUGCGUUCCAUUUCGGAGGACGACAGUGCUGUCUCUCCUGAGUUACUCGAGCUGACCAAGCUCCUACAUUCACAGAAAAGUCUGAAAGAUUAUAUGCUUGAGAUAAAUACAAAGUUUGACGACUGUGACGAUAGUUCUAGACCUUCUAUUGGUCCAGAAGAAAUCCAAGCUUUAAUAGAUGAAAAACGUGAUGCUGAAAGAAAAUUAAAAGAAAUACAAGAAGAGAAAUCAAAAUUUGAGGUCGAAUUGCAAGAUCAGGAUAUCCAAGAAACCUAUGAUUCCUUGUGCAAAGAAAAGGCUAGGCUUGAUCAAGCACGAGAAGAUGUACUGCAUAAGAUACAUGGUUCUAAUGUAUUUGCUCAAAUGGCAGGCGAAUUAAAGGAAGAAGAGCCAAGUGAGAAGGAAAAAAAGUAUUAUUCCCAAGCUUUAAAUCAAAUGCUGUCUGAUCAAAAGACGUURAUAAAGCUUGCUGAAGAAAACGAGAAAUUAAAAGAAGUUGCAUGCAGACAGAGGGAACUGCUAGAAAACCUCAGUAACAGCAUAUCUGCUACACUAGGAGACGACUUGGCUCAUGCUAUUACAUCUGAUUCAAAUCUGGAUGAAAAAGAGCAUAUCCAGCUACCAAGAGCCAUAAUUGACAGAAUAGAUAGUAAGGACGAAACGCUAGCGGAAAUAAUGAGCGAGUUGGAAAACGAAAACAAAAAGUUAACUACUCUGAAUGUGGACCUUUCAAAUGAGCUUGACUGUCUCAGAGAGAAUAUGGGUGAAACGUUGUCGGACGCCAUAUUACAAUCCAAUAGCCAAUUACUUGAAAAUAAGUUGAUGGCUCCCAUGGAUGAAGUUAUUAGCGCAGAUAAGACGGUGGAAGAAAUCCUAGCAGAACAAAAAGACGCUCUUGGGAGACUGAACGAUCUCAUUGGAGAGAAUCUUAUUAACUCUUUAUUAAAGUCAAGAAAAGACGUUACUGGAAUAGAUGACGAUCCAGGACCUCUAAAAGCAACGAAAAUCAUGAAUGAGACUGACGAAGAUCUUCAGAAUGUCAUAGCAGCUUAUGAAUUUGAAAUGGAUAAUCUUGGUAAAGAAAACGAUGUCCUAAAGACUAUGCUUGGUAAUGAUCUUGUCCACGCAUUAUUAGACAUCGAUCAGGACCGAAAAAAUAAGCUAAUCUCUGAAUACGACAAUAUUUCAGCCGAAAAAGGGAAGCAAUGCGAGGAAGAGGAAGGGGGUUCAGAGGCUAGCCAGUCAUAUAAAAUGGAGGCCAGUGAAGRAAAAGAAAGUAUAGAUGUUCAGGACGAUUAUACAGAUGAGGGAACAAACCUUGAAACUGAAUCCAACAAACAACUGAGGCCAACAGAUUUAAACCCAGCAAAAACAUCCAAGGAUAUAGACGAACUAACAGAUAAAAAAGAUAAUGUUAGUGAGGUUGGCAGUCUACAAUGUUCAACAAAAUCAUUGGAUUAUAGUGAAAGCGUAGAAAUGUGCCCAGAAGUAACCACUUCUUCUCAGAGACCAUUCCUACAACCAUAUGUUGAAAAGUGUGCUUUUACUGCUCCUGUACUUAUGURCAAAGACAAUAAAACUCUCGGAGAAGUAAUAAAAGAAUAUGAAAACGAAUUAGACACUUUGAAAUUCAGACUUGGCCCUGAUCUAUAUAARGAAAUUCUUAGUGCUGGAGUGCUGGAUACAAAUCACGAUGGAGGAGAUCUUAUAGCCAAAGAAAGUGAAAUAAAAUCCAAAGAUUCCGAAAGACAGACAGAUGACUCAGUUGUCUACAAAGAGGCAAGAAAAGACAGCGAUAUCAUUAAAGAAGACAUUUAUCCUGGUGAGCGGAGAGAUUUGGAUGAACAAACAAGAGAAGAAAGCAUACUGCCAGUCGAUGUGGAUAACAUCAACGAUAAAGACAACGUCCCAGCUGAAGUACGUAMAGAAAACGCUAUAAAGAAGGGAAUGCUAGAUGGACUAAAUGACAAAGAGGAGAAAGCUUUGUCAUCUAAAGUAACAGAAAACGAACCAAAAUCMCAAAGGACUUCACUUGCUGCACCCAAGAAGAUGAUUGAAGAGAAGCAGUCACUUGCAGAUAUAAUUGAAGGCUACGAAAACGACUUAGCAACCCUUAAAUUUAGACUUGGUCCAGAGCUGUUCGAAGAUAUUUUAGAUGCCGAUAAACAUUAUGAUGUCCCAGRCGGAUACGAAGGAAAACCCGAAGAAGUACAGAAAGAUGUAUAUCCUACAGUCUCACGAGACCUACAAAAAAGGGAGGAUACUAUCAACGCUGCUGGUGAAUUAAAAGAUGAGAGAGGGAAUUUGCCAUCGCUUGACAUUACGAACGAUGACUUACAAAAAGGCAAAGCAGCGCAACAACCUCGUGACCUGGAUCAAGCACAGCUUACUGCACCUGGCAAACGACAGGCAGAUGAAUUCGAAGAAGCAGAACCCAUACCCAAAGAUGACGAUAGUACUACCGGAGCAAUUGUUAGAAAAAAGAAAGCCCCAUCAGUAGUAAAACUUGUUGCGACAACAAGGAUGAUCGAGGGAAAUCAAACACUAGCUGAAGUAGUUGAAGCUUACGAAAACGAUUUGGAUAUCCUACAAUCUAGACUUGGUCCAGACAAAGAAACAGGAGCCAUACCCGCAGAGGAUAACAGUACAUCUGAAGCAGAUGUUAGAAAAGGGAAAGAUCCAACAACAGUAGUACAACAGAAGGAAGGCAGAAAGGUAAAAGCAAAAAAGCUUUCACUCGUUGCACCGACAAGAAUGGUCGAGGAAAAUAACACACUUGCUGAAAUCGUUGAAGGUUACGAAAACGAUYUGGAUAUCCUACAAUCUAGACUUGGUCCAGAGUUAUAUGGCAAAAUAAUAGAUGCAGGAAAAAUGACUAAUGCAGAAGAUGCACUAGGCAAAUCUGAAGCAAGUCCUGAAGAAGCGCGGCAAGUUUCAUAUUCUGGGGGUUCAUGUGACGUCGUUGCAUUACAAGAAAGAUACCCUAGUGACAAAGCUGUUUUUGAAUCAAAGGAUGAGCGAGAGAACUUACCAUCGUUUGGAACUCGGGACGAUGACCUACAAAGAAGCAAAGAAGCACAAGAAUUUGAUGACCUGAAUCGAGCGCAAUGUUCUGCAACUAGCAAAGGACUAACCACUGAAUUCAAAGAAACAGGACCAAUAUCCGCAGAGGAUAAUAUGACUUCUGAAGCAGAUGUUGGAAAAGAGAAAGGUCGAGCAUCAGUAGUACAACAGAAGGAAGGCACUGAGGUAAAAGCAAAAAAGCUUUCACUCGUUGCACCGACAAGAAUGGUCGAGGAAAAUAACACACUUGCUGAAAUCGUUGAAGGUUACGAAAGCGAUCUAGAUAUCCUUAAAUCAAGACUUGGUCCAGAGUUAUACGGUAAAAUAUUAGAUGCUGGAAGAAAGACCAAUACACAACUACUGUUUUCUGAAAAGAAGCCCAACGCUUUUGAAGGCCAGAUACAGCCAGGCUCUUCUGGCAAAGCAGUAGYAAUACCAGGUAAUACUAUCCAAGAAAGCCAAAAAACCAAACAGAGCGAAACUAUGCCGUAUAAAGGAGUCUAUGACACUCCAGAUAAAAGAUCUAAGGAUGACGCUUCACCAUCAGCUGAAUCUAGCGAUAAAGCCAAAGAGCCUAGUGUUUCGGAUGAAAAGAUUAACUUCGAACGUGAGGGGAUGCACGAAGAAGAAAAGAGCAAGCUUUAUAUGGAUGCAAAUAAACCUACUCCGUUUACCAGCGGCUCUGAAGCGCAAUCUGACCAGUUUGAAAUUUCUGCUCCAAAACGCAUGAUAGAGCAAGACAAAACAUUAGAAGAAGUCAUAAAAGGUUACGAAUCGGAACUAGAAACUUUAAAGUCAAAGUUAGGACCACAGCUUUAUAACAAUAUGGUAGGCACCAGCAAUAUCGGUGAUGAAGAACCUAAGCAAGAAUCGUUUGAUAGGACAGAAAAACGUAAUGUGCUCUCAGAAAAACAGCCAUGGACAUCAAGACUCGAUGACAGUAAAAUUAAGAGUGACUCAAUGGAAGAAGAUGUUGGGCAUGAAGAGAAUAUCAAUGAAAACGACCAGGAAAAAGAUCCAGAGUAUAGUAUGAGCGAAGGAGAAACCUAUCUUAGCGAUGGCGAAUUGUACGAAUCAUUUAACAUACCUAACAUCGAGAAAGAAGGUAGUAAAAAUGAAACCAUUGUGGAUGACAAGCUUAAGUUAAGUGCUCCAUCAAUAAUGUCCAAGGAAGGAAAAACACUUGGAGAAGUUCUUGAACGAUAUGAAAACGAUUUAGAAGCUUUGAAGUCAAAACUUGGUCCAAAGCUUUUUAAACAUCUCUURGAGAUAGGGCAGUAUGAUGGCGAGCAGGGUACAGCAGAAAUAGCAAAGGAUGGUUAUGAUAGUAAAACAGUUAAUCCAAAGAAAGAGCCURGCACAAUAGAAUUAACCAAUCCUGCUCUUGAGAAGUCCGCACGAUAUACUGAUACGGAGAGGAAAUAUCCAUGUGACCUCGACCACGAAGCAAAAGGAAAAUACUAUGAUGAGUUCAAUGAAAGAGAAAAAGAUCAACCUACGACACAAGCAAAAAGCCCAGAAAGUGGAGAAAGUGCGAUAACRAGCAUUGAUAAUAGUGGUUCCGAAUUACCAUUAAAAGAAUUUGACCUAAUUGCCCCUAAACAAAUGUUAGAAGAAAAUAAAACACUGGAGGAAGUGGUUGUGAGCUACGAAAACGACCUUAGAGAUUUGAGAGAAAGUCUUGGGCCACAACUGUGUGAUGCCAUAUUAAGGGCAAAGAAAAGAAUCAACAAAAGCAGCGAUGAACCAACCUUAACGCUGGGGAAAGAAGAUUUUAAAACGGAAAUGGAUUACUUAGAAGAGACAACAGAUGAAAAAGGCCAAAAAGCUGCAAACUGGAAGGCAGAAAUUGGCAAAGUUAUUUUAGAAAGCCAGCCACAGGAAGCGUUAGAAGAUGCUGAAGUUAAUGACAUACAAAUUGAACAACUCAAACAUGAGAAAGGGAGAAAUGCAGGUGAUUUCGACAAGGAUUUCAAAGACGAUCAAGAACCCCAGCAAAACAUCACAACUCAAAAGCUAGAAGCUCCAGAAAUGAUAGCUCAAGGGAAAAGGCUCGAUGAAAUAAUGUGUGGCUAUGAAAACGAACUAGGUGCCUUGAAGUCACGAAUUGGUCCAAAACUUUACAAAGAUAUCAUAAAAACUGGAAAAAUUGAAAGGAUUGAUGAAAGGGGAGAACGUUUGAACCCUAAAAAGCUGGAAGCGUCGGAAAAAGUACACAAAUUAGAUGUAAUUUUGAAGGAGAAGGAGGAUGAAAACGUCAAAGGAGCCCACAAAGAGCACAAAGGAAAGGAAGAAAGGACUUCAGCCGAUAUCGCCAUUGAAGAGAAGGAAGAAACAUUAAGUGAAGAUUCUGACAUAAAUGCUAUUGAGGAAAAAGGUACCAAAGAACAACUAGCGAAUCAAGAGAAAGAAAAACAGAUCGUAGCUAAGGAAAAAGACAUUAAGGGUUUACAGUUGAAGGCUGUAGAAGAAAUGUUGGCACAAAAUAGAACAUUAGAAGAAGUUGUUCAAGACUUUGAAAAGGAUUUGGCGACACUGAAUUCGAAACUUGGACCUGAACUAUUUCAGUAUGUUUUAGAGACCGAAACCAAAGAUGGCGCAGCUAAAGCAAGUCAUAUGCCUUGCUGUCUUGAGGACAAUGUAAAUGAUGAUGGAGUGAGUGGAACACAGUUAACAAAGAAAACCGAAAAAGAUAUUGAAAAUGCAGAAGCUAGCAUUGAACAACCAGAAAGAGAAAUCGAAGAAGCCAUUCAAGACAGUAAUGUGCAACAAGGUCCAAUAGUAAGCGGCGUUACGCUCCAAAAAGGCGAAGAGUUAAGUCCAGGAAAAAAGGAUUUAGAUGAAUAUUCUCAGGCUGGUUUGUCCACUAGAAACCUUAACGAUGCUCUAGACUUGAAGAAAAACGAAAAUCAAGCAAGCCAAAUUAAGAAACAGUUAAAGGCGCCAAUUCUUUUGGCUGAGCAAGGAGCAACACUCCAAGAUAUCAUUGAAACGUAUGAGAAAGAACUCGAUACGUUUAAUUCUAUAUUGGGACCAAACUUAGCAAAAGCUGUAGUUGAAGCUGGGGGGAAGAGAAGCACGAGAAAAGAUGACGAGGAUGAACAACUAAGAAUAAACAAAGUCGAUAAAGAUUUCAACCAAGACACGAAGAAAGAGAUUGGAAAGAUUGAAUCCAAUAAAAUUAACAGCAGGAUGGACGAUGCCAAUUAUGGAGAGCCUGAUGCACAAGAUGAGUGCCAAUCCAACGACGAAAAGAAAGGAGAAGGAAAUGAAAAACUGCAAGAAAAGGAUUACUACUUGGACAUGUUUGAAAAUAAUGCGACACUAGAAGAUGCAGUCAAAAAACUGAGAAAAGAGUCUAAAGAUUUGAAAGAGAAGCUUGGCCCAAAUUUAACACAGAUCCUUUUAGGAGAAGAUCAGUUGGAAAAAGCAAAAGAAGAAGAGGAAAGAAAAGAGAAAGAGUUUGGUGAUAGGAAAUCUAAAGAUAUGGAAAUGACACACCCUGCUUCUGAGGAAAAAACMGGACGCCCAUUUUCAGAAAAAGAGAAGAAAGGAAUUCUGGAUGCGGAAGAAACUAUUGUUGACGAUGCUGCAAUUCAAGAGGUCAAAUGUGAAGUUCAAAAGAAAGAAAGAAGCACAGAAGAUGAUGUUAGUACAAGUGGCUUAUACCCAAAAACCUUCAUGGCUCCUAAGUUGAUGRAAGCUGAAAAUGCUACACUUGAAGACGUGAUUCAAAAUUACGAAAAUGAUCUUUCUGUUCUAAAGAAUGCACUUGGGCCUAAUCUGGUUAACAUUCUUUUAAACGAUAAAACUAGUUCAACGGCUAAUAAUAUUCAAAAGUUAUCGGAUGAAGUUGAAGACGAGGAAACAAAGAAGAACCAAGAAAACAAAGAGAAAAAAGGAUUGGAAAGAGAAACAAAUCGCUCAAAUAAGGAAGACAGCAUUUCAGAAGAACAAAGGCAAACAAGUGAAGAACACAAUCAAGAGAAAACUAAAAAGCAGGGGCGCCGACACGAAACGAAAGAAUUUGAGGAGGAAAGCCUUGCUAAAUUAGAAUUUCAAGAACCGGAGGAGUUACAGAGAAUAAUCUCUCCCUUACUGAAUGGAGAUAAAGAUGAAAGCCUAGAAGAUAUUUUGAGAUCAUUGCACAAUGACCUAGAUGUCCUCACUUCCAAACUGGGCAGCAAUUUAUCAAAAGGUCUGUUGACUAUGGACUCAGAUUCUUACAACGUAGCUAAAGAUAACGAUCUUAGUUAUGAUAGAGGCAAAGAUAGAAAAUUGGAUCUGGAAAUCAUAGAUGAAAAUGAAACCAAGCGCGAAAAAGGUGAAUAUCAAGUGGGAGGGAAAGUCUUUAAAGAAGUUGAGGCCGAAGAUAAGGAAAAGGAUAACAUGUUGAACGUUGAAACUGCUAGUGAAGAACUAGACGAUCUUGCCGCAAUAGAUCAAAUGGAGGAAAAUUCUCAAACGUUAGAAGAAGUUAUCAAACGAUAUGAAAAUAACCUUGAAAKAUAUGAAUCCAUUCUCGGACCUUAUCUUUCUAAAGCUAUAUUAACCAAAGAAUUUUUGYCGAUUAAAGAAGGUGAGCAAAGUCAAGCGAAAUCCAAUGUAGAUGAUCAGAGCGCUGAAGAAGAUAGCCCUCUUGAUGUUCAUGACAAAGAAAAUGAAGACGAAAUGAAAGUUUCGAAACUUGACGAGUAUUUGAAAUUACUAGAURAAGGAAGAACUCUUGAAGAUGUGUUAAUCAGAUAUGACCCAAUAGAUGCUGUUGUGACAUCGACGAAAGGAGAUGAAAACCGACUUUCUAUUAAAGACGAAUCCUUGCCCUGCAGUGAUGAGAUUGAAAACGUCACUCAAAACUACGAACAUGAUCUUUCUGUACUAAAGAAGGAACUUGGGCCUAAUCUUUUUGAACUUCUUUUAAACGAUAAAGUAAAGCCAACUGACAAGACAUCAAGUUCAUCGGACGUAGAUGAAGAAAACAAAAGGACAAAGAACCAACCAAGCAAAGAAGCAAAACAAGGAUUGGAUACAAAAACGAAUCACUUUAAUGAUGAAUAUAGUGUUUCAGAAGAACAAACGCGAAMAGAAGAAGGAGAACAACACGAGAAAACUGAAAAGAGGGGGGACCAAGGCGAAAUGGAAGCAUCUGAGGAGGAAUGUCCUGCUCAAUCAGAGUUUCAAGAGUCGGAGGAGUUACAGAGGAUAAUCUCUCCCUUACUGAAUGGAGAUAACGAUGAAAGYCUAGAAGAUAUUUUGAAAACAUUGCACAAUCAGCUAGAUGUCCUCACUUCCAAAUUGGGCAGCAAUUUAUCAAAAUGUCUGUUGACUAUGGACUCAGAUUCAUAUAACGUAUCUAAAGAUCUUAGUGGUGAUGGCGGCGAAGACGGAAAGAUUAUGAGAUUGGAUUUGGAAACUAUGGAUGAAAAUAAAACGAAAAGACGAAAAGGUGAAGAUCAAGUGGUAGAGAACGACGUCAAAGAAGUUGAGGUAGAAGAAAACGAAAAGGAUAACAUGUUGGGCAAUGAAACUGCUGGUGAAGAAAUAGAUGAUCUUGCCGCAAUAGAUCAAAUGGAGGAAAAUUCUCAAACGUUAGAAGAAGUUAUCAAACGAUAUGAAAAUAAUAUUGAAAGAUAUGAAUCCAGUCUYGGUCCUUAUCUUUCUAAAGCUAUUUUAUCCAGAGAUUUCCCCCCUAUUGAAGCAGGUGAGCAAGGUCAAGCGAAGUCCAAUGUAGAUGAUCAGAGCGCUGAAGAAGGUAGCCCUCUUGAGGUUCAUGACAAAGAAAAUGAAAACGAAAUAAAACUUUCAAAAAUUGACGAGUGUUUAAAAUUACUAGACGAAGGAAGAACUCUUGAAGACGUGUUAAUCAGGUAUGACCCUGGAGUUGUUGCAUCGACGCAAGCACAAGAAAAGGAACCUACUACAGACGAAUCUUUACCCUACAGUGAUCAGAUUGAGAUAUUUCAAAAACAAAACCAAAGUUUAAGACAGAGGCUGGAUAAUUUAAAUUCCAAAAUAGGYAAAGGCCUCGUAAACCAGUUGCUGUAUAAGAACGGCGUGGAUAUGGUCGAGUACGAUGGGCUUGACGCCAAAUCCUUACGGCAACAUGAAGUUGAAAAAGACACACCCAAGGAAGACGUAGCAGAAGUUGGAACGGAAAAUCCAAUUUUAGAAGCACCAGUGAUGAUGGCGAGGGAUAAAAGGACACUAGAGGACGUUGUUAUAGAGUACGAAAAUAAUCUUAAAGAGAUGACUAAUACUCAAGAAGAACUAGAACAAUGUAUCGGAUCACARCUAUUUAAGGAACUUUGCGAACUCAAAAGACAAGAGGGAGAAGGAGAAAAAGUAGAAGGAAAAAUAGACUCUGAAAAUGAAGAAAAGCCAAAAGAGCAGUCAAGCAAGAAACCUUUUCUUAAUUCAAAAUACUAUGUAGUAAACAAAAUGGCGGAAGAAGACAAGUCCUUAACAGCUGUCCUUGGAGAUAAUGAAAAUGACUUUGAAGUACUGGAGAAAGAAAAUGCGUCACUGAAAAAGGUGCUUGAGGGUGUAUCAGGAGAUGGAGUAGAYUUGGGAGAAAUUAUAUCAAAGUACGAAAACCAAAUAACAAUGCUCGAAAAUGCGAACAAAGAAGCGGAAAACAAUUUUGAAGACAAACACUUUGAACUUCAAAAUGAAAUCAACGACUUACGAUCAACUCUGGAAAAACUUGCACAAACAUUACGACAAGAUUUCCUGGACGACUUGAUGAAACAAGAUGGUGAUAACCAUAUUGAGGCACUGCAGAUUAUGGAAAAAGAAAAUAAGACUCUCGCCGAAGUUGUGGAAGAAUACGAAGAAAACAUGAAAAAGUUAGAACGAGAAAAAGCAGUGCUACAGCAGAUAGCAGGUCAAGGUGAAGAGGGAGCAUCUAUGUUAGACGCUGUUAACGAUYAUGAAGAUGCAAUAAAAGGACUUAAGGAAGUAAACAAAGUACUCAACAAACGCAUUGAUGCAUUGACCGAAAAAAUAGGCCCUCAGCUUAGUAAGCAGAUAAUGGAUUUGCGUGAUAAAACCAAGUCGUCCGAAACUGGGGGGRAAGACGAUAAGAUGAAAGAUGCAACUGAAACAAUGGCUGCAGUAAAGGAAAUGGAAGAGAAAAACAUCACUCUGCAAGAGGUACUGAAGAUCUAUGAGGACCAGAACGAGAAAGCGAUAGCUUCAUUGGACAGCUCAGACCAAAAGAAGUCUGCAGAGGUGGAUGAGAGCGAAAGGAAAGAAGAUAAAAAUGUAGACUCAAAAGAGGACAACGAGCUUGUAGUGAUAAAUGAGUUAAGCCAAUGCAAGCCUAAUGAGACAUCACCAACACAAAUACAAGAUUAUGCUGAGAAACAAAACGCUGAUGAACUCUUACCCGAACCUUUAUAUGAUAAAAUUGGAAUGCAACUCAUUUGUGGCAUAAAAGAAUUAGACAACAAAACUUUUGAGGAACUUGAGAAGGAAGACAAGCGACCUUAUGCACUAAGGACAAUGAAGGCUAGGAAUGAAAAACUCGAAGAUGUAAUCAAGGCGUACGAGAAUACGCUGUCCAAUUAUGGUCUUCUCGACACUUCAGAAUUAAAAGGAGAGUCCCUUGCUUCUGAACUACAUGCUGCGAUUGCAGAGGACAAAGGGGUAGAAGAGGUGGAAGUAAAACUACAGGAGCAGCUUGCACUUUAUCAUGAGCUCGAAGAAAAGCUGAAACAGACCCAGGAACAGCUUGAUAAAUUCAAAUCAAAUGAUUCAGGACAAAGUCUUGAUAACAUAAGUACUGAUGAAACCAGUGAAAAAGAUGCCGACAUAUUAGCCCAAUUAAAAAUGAGGAACGAAUCAUUAAAAGAGCAGUUAGAUUUGUCAGAAGAAUCCACGAAAGAUGCUCUGCAAAAGUACCAAGACGCAAUWAAGUCUCUGGAAAUUGAAAAGGCAAAACUUGAAGGUGAUAAAAAGCAUGAGAUUGAACUUCUAAACAAUAAACUCGAACUGGAGAGAGCAGCUCUAGAAAGGCUGAAAAACGAUUAUGACGAAAUGCUCAAGAAGGAAAAAGAAAGACAGAUAGAAGAUUUUGAAAAGGAUCUUGAAAGAGAGAGGAGAAGAUUUCAAAAAGAUCUUGAAGAACAAUCUGAAGACUAUGAAAGGAAGCACAACACUCAUAAGCAAGAGUUACAAGAUAUGAAGGAGAAGGCUGAGAAGGCGAAUAUAGAACUAAGAAAUUCCUUAAAGGAGGAAAAUGAUAAGCUUCAUAAGARGUUCGAAGAACAGAUGCGUCAAAAAGAUGAAGACCAUGAGAAGAUUUUGAACCUGCUGCGCGACAAAUUAGAGGACCAAAUGAUAACAGAGAAAGCAGAAAUGAAUGUCCAGUUCAGGCAAGAGAAAACAGAAUUGAAGACUCAAAUAGAAAAGAGUAUUUAUGGUGACGAGCUGCAGAAAAAUAUCGAUCUCGAGAAUGAUUUUCAGGAGUCUYUUAAUAAAGUACUAAAAGAUCACASAAAUGAGAUUGAAGAGAUCGAAAAAGAAAUGGCACAGGCAGAAGAAAGGUUCAAAGACCUAAAAUUACAACUAUUAGAAGAAUUUGAAAAUGAAAAACAGAAAGAGACUAAACAGCAUGAAAAAGAAAAACAAGAAAUGGAGUCAACUAUCGAGAAUUUGUUGAAAGAGAUAAUAAAACUUAAGCACCAGAGAAAGGAAAUGAGGCAACAAUAUAGAGUGGAGAAACAAAACAUCGAGGAAAUAGCUGAGAAAGAAAGAAUUGAAAUCCAGGAAAAUAUGGAAAGAAGUAAAAAUGAGUUGAUUUCUAAAUUAAAGCAAGAUUGUGAAAAAGAAAUUGAGAGCGAGAAAGGGAAAUACGAAGCCGUUAUCAAGGAGUUACAAGAAGCUCUUGAGCGAGCAGAAGCAAAGAAAAAAGAGCUAGAAGUAAAGCUACGGAAUGAAUAUUUAAAAGCUGAGGAAAGUUUGAAUAAUAAGUCUGUAAAUGACGGUUCAAUCGAAGAGAUUACAAGAGAGGUGAAAGUCAUCAAAAAGGGAAUAGAAAUGGAAUAUGAACAAAAGCUAGCUAUUGAGAAACAAAGGUUUGAAGACACCUUACAGGGACUUCGACGAGAAGUGGGGAAUCUUCAAGAAAAAAGGAAAAUCAUACAAGAGCGGGUUUAUAAUCAGGAAACUCAUUCAGCCGAACGACAUGUUAUCGAGAAAAGCAUUGCGAACUAUAAACUAGAAGUGUUGUCAAAGCUUGAAGGAGAGAUGACUCAAAGGAUUGAGAGAGAAAGAAAACCACUUGAAGAAGAAGUAAAAGAACUACAGAUUGAGAACGAGGAGUUGAAAAGACAGCGCUKGGAAAUGAAGGCGCAGUUUAGAAGAGAAAAAGCUGCUCUUGAAGAAGAAUUCGAGCGGGAAAAAGAAACGCUCGAGAAUAACCUACAUAAGGAAAARGAAGAGUUGAGAAAGAGGUUUGAAACACAAUUACAAAAAGAAAAGCAAAACAAGUCAAUUGAUUCCAAAGUCAGCCGAUCAACGAGUCCAGUUCUUGGGGAACCCAGUCCCCGCAUUGAGAACACGGUGCGCAUGUUGAAACAGGAGAAUGUGUCACUUGUUUCACAAAACGCCAAACAUGAAAUCGACAUUGAACAACUUAACGAAAAGCUAAAGUUCAUGGAAAUGAACUUUCAAGAGAUGAUGGAGACUGAAAAGUUAAAGGCUGAAAAAAUUAAAAGAAUUCAGGAGCAGAUCCCAAAGGCGGAUGUGGUAGAUCUUACGCUUCCUGUCCCGGAGUACAAGUCGCCUUCAACAGGGAUCCAAGACGACGCAAUACUUCAUACUCUACAARAAAAAGAUCAACAGAUUCAUCAGCUAUUAGAGACAAAGAAGUAUUACGAAUCAGUUUUCGGUGAACUGUGUGAUGAAGCUGGUCUGUUUGAGUUAGACCGCAAUCAAAUAGUAUAAACACUUAAUAACGAAAGUAAGAAAGCUUUUAACGAGAAAAAUACUGUAAUAAACAAAWAAGUAUAUACUAAGGGAUACUACUUCACUCGUUCGCAGAACGGCUAAAUCAAGAAUAUCUGAUUACGAUUUUUUACGUUGUUACCAAUUGAUGGGUUGCAAGCAUUCCCAAGAGAGUUCGAAAACAAAAACAUGGCGGCCAUUCUGGUGCCGUUAACAAUGGAUGCUAAUGUGAAAUCUUUCGUUAAAUGGCACCAACAUAGCCGCGAUGACGGAACGCGCAAUCGAAGAAUAACAAAUGAUGUUAUAUUGAGGUUAUGCAGCUUUUCGAGUUGGUAUCUGCGUUUUAAUCUCAGGCUAUUUAAAUAUAUAUAAAUAACACAGUAAACUUAUGCUUGCAACUUGAUAUUCAAAAGUAUCUAAAGUAACUUUUAUAGAAUAAUAUAAUAACCAGUCUCACUCAAAAUGCUACUUUAAUUACGUGUAGUUUAUAAACAUUAUUUCCAAAACACUAUAGUAUAGCACUUAUAUAUUUAUAAAAUGUCAUAUUUGUGUUGUUAUUUUGUAGAUCAACUGGUAUACAGUUAUUUCAGAAAUUAAAGGUUGACGAAAGGUUUGUAGCAUGUUGAAUGUGACUGCAACAUACAAGAUCAACAUGCUACAUUUAACAAGACCUUCACAAACCUUUAUUUAACAUUAUAUAGUUUUUUUAGAAAAAGAAAUGAUAAAAUGAUAAAUUGCAUGAUAAUUUUUUACCACAAGAAUUCUAAAUAAACUAGACGAUCCAUGAUCGUGUACUCGGGCUUCUUCUGGCGUGUGAAGUCACGGUACGUUUGUGUUACAAAAAUUGCAGUAUUCUGUCAACCAAUUACUAGUAGAACUGCUUUUCCAAUCAGAAUCCAUAUAAACUUUGAAAGUCAAUUCCACUAAAUUCUCUAUAGAUGAUAUAUCUAACAAUACACAUGUCCCUUGAGGAUGACUCUUACCAUAAACAUCUCUAGCAUGAGAGUCAAACAUUUUAAAUGACAUUUAUCAGUACAGUAAAUAAUGCCGACAGCAAUACAACCAACUGUUAGAAUAAAUGAGCUGCAUUGUUCAGUUAGCAAUGAUUCAAAAGUUCUUUUCAUGCCCAUGCAAUGUUGAUUUCCUUCAAUGGUAGACUCACCAUGAACAUCACCAGUGUACCUUUCGCAACUUUUGCUGUAUUCUAGCUGGUAAUUUACUUAUAAUACUGUAAGCAUUGCCGGUAAUUCUGUUAACAGUAAAAACAAUUGAACCCCAA